AUGUGGCCAAUUGGAUAGUGCAUUGAAUGAGGCUACUAGUCGAGUGCGAACACUUGAAAAUAAGAAUAAUUUGCUAGAGACAGAAGUGAAUGAUUUGAGAGAACGCUUCAAUGCAGCCAGCAGUGCCUCCAAGAUUUUGCAGGAACGAAUCGAAGAAAUGAGAACAAACAAUAAAGAAAAGGAUAACACCAUCAUUCGGCUAAAAUGUCGGCUGCAGGAUCUGGAAGAAGCAUUUGAGAAUGCCUACAAGCUCUCAGAUGAUAAAGAUGCUAGGCUGAAACAAGAAAACAAAAUGUUUCAAGAUCUCUUAGGAGAGUAUGAAUCCCUCGGAAAAGAGCAUGGGCGAGUAAAGGAUACAUUAAACACAACUGAGAACAAAUUGCUUGAUGCACACACUCAGAUUUCUGAUUUGAAAAGGGUGAUCUCAAAACUAGAAGCUCAGGUGAAGCAAGUAGAGCAUGAGAGCAUGCUGAGUCUCCGUCACAGCAGUAAAGCUGCCACGAGGCCUUCCCAGGCCAG